CAGAGUCUCAAAGCACAGGAAAACCUCCCUGCCGCUGAUUAGCCAUUUCCCUUCUUGCAGCGCACUCGCACUGCAUGGGGGUCUUGCCAGGGAACGAGAAGGGAGGGGAUAUUUUAAUGGCCGCCAGCAGCACUACAGAAUGCAAAAAGUCCGGAUUAUCCUCUAUAUUUAGACUAUGCUAGCUACGGGUGCGUUUUGGUCUCUUUUUUUUGGUAACGAGCGCUGCUCUGGGGACAUAUUCGGAUUGGAGAUGUGUUUAUAGUGUUGUUUCUACUGCGCUGAACAGACUUUACCCGCUUGAUUUGUGCGUGAGUGGGAGAUCAGGCCUAGCCGGCUGGCUAAAAAACAAGCGGACGUUUAGCUAGUCACAGGAGUUGAAAGGGAAUAUGUAACACACAGCAACCGACAUGACAUCCAGAUUUGGUAAAACGUACAACCGCAAGGGAGGGGAGGCUAAUUCGAAAUUUGAAGAGGUCUUCUCCAAUAAAAAGCCCACACUGACCACCAAAUGGGGGGAGACCACCUACAAGGCCCAGCUGGGGGCCAAAAGGCCUCUGUUAAAAUCUGAUGUUUCUGAGCUUCCCAAGAGGCCCAGGCUUGAGGACAGCGACAGUGAAGAAGACCCAUUUGGGUUUGAUAGUGAUGAUGAAUCCAAGGCUGUAACCUCUCACAGCGUGUCCCAGUCAAAAGUCAAUGAAGAGGACUUGACAAAGACGACUGCAGUGCAGAGCGGUGUGACAGCCACUGUUGUGACUAAUGCACAGCACUCUGCAAGCUCAACAACCAGCUUCACAAGCAAGCAAACAUCUGAAGUGAAGGUUGUUAAGAAUAACCAGCCCUGGUACAAAAUUGCAUCAGAUAGCAACCAAAAACCUGCAUGCACAGCCUCUUUGUCAGACGCAGUCCCCUCUGGUGUUCAGAACUUCUCAGCAUCCCAGAGGCCCAUUUCCUCCUCUCUCAAUAUAGACACCUCCCUUAACCUGUCCAUUAAUGCACCAGGUGGUAGUAGAGACUUCCAAACCUCUUCCUCUUAUGAUGGACUGCCAUCAGAAGAAAUGCAAAGUGCUGAGCAGGAGCCUCCCACAGAGCCUCCACCAGCACCAGUGGACAACAUUCCCCCUUCCCCAUUUACCUUAAGGGCCUCAAACUGCAAGAAAUACCAGCGGCCCAACAGGCAUGACAAAACAUCCUCUGAACCUGCUGAAAACCACAGCAACAAGCCCACUGAAACAGCGAGUGCCCAAGAUAAACCCAACAGUGUCCUUUCUGCUAGUGCAAGUAGUACUGCUGCCACUGCUAAAACAGCAGCUAAGCCCGCAGGCAGGGGUGGUGGGAGGGUACGGGACUACACGGUUCUGCACCCUUCCUGUCUGUCAGUGUGCAACGUCACCAUCCAGGACUCAAUAGAGCGGAGCAUUGAUGAACUGGUCACCCCAGCUGCCCCUGCUGACCUUGGCGAAGCAGGCCAGAUGAAGAAGAAAUCAGACGCUCCCCCAUCCAAGCCUACCAGGUUCAGGCCCACACAGACAAAGGCCAAGAAGACCAAGACUGAGACCAAGCUAGAGUUUUUCGGCUUUGAAGACAAAGAGGACCCAGAGGGCGAGGAGGGUCCAGAAGGUGGCAUGGCAGGCAAGAGUAGCUACAAAAUCAAGUACUUUGGCUUUGACGACUUGAGUGAGAGUGACAGCGAUGAUGAGAGCUCUCAGGCCAAAGAGAAGAAGGCCAAGAAGGCGGCUGCAGCCUUAGCUGCUCUGAGCUCCAGUGUGGACAGCCCUCAUACCAGUGACUCUCAGGAUAGCCAGGCCAGCAGCAACACAGAUGCUUUUGACUUCUCUGAUGACUCCAGUCCUGGUGCCACUGAGGUGCAGAAAGGACGCUCAGGGAAGCCCAGUGACAAAUCCAAGGACAUUGGCAGUGGACUCAAAAAGAUCUUCAGUGGACCCAAAAAGUCCCCUGCUAAAGCUGUGUACAACGCUCGCCAUUGGAACCAGCCUGAGCCUGAAGAGAUCCCUGUACCUCCACUUUCUCGAUCUCAAACCGCUCCGGCCAUUUUAUCGAGCAGCAGCAAGGACAGCAACUCCCAUAAAGAUGAUGGCUUGUUCAAAGCCCCUCCACCUCCGCCCAAAGUCAUUAAGUCAGAGACCAUCCCCACGCGACUUAACCAAGAUAUUGUCACAGCGCUCAAAUGCAGGAAGGAGCACAAGGAGCUGUACACGGUGGUGCAGCAUGUGAAGCACUUCAAUGACGUGGUGGAGUUUGGAGAGAAUCAAGAGUUCACAGAUGAUUUUGAGUACCUGGAGACGGGGCUGAAGAGCAGUCAGCCACUCAACACAAGAUGCCUUAGUAUAAUCAGCCUGGCCACUCGGUGUGCCAUGCCCAGUUUCAGGAUGCACCUGCGGGCCAGAGGGAAAGUGGCGCAGGUCUUCAAAAUGCUCAGUGAUGCUCCACAACACCCAAACCUUGGUCUGUGCACGGCCGCCCUGAUGUACAUUCUGAGUCGGGAUCGUCUUAACAUGGAUCUGGACAGGGCCUGCCUGGAGCUUAUGAUCAAGCUGCUGGAGCUGGACCAGGAUUACUCGGCCCACCAGGAUCAGCUCACCGCAAAGGAGGUGGAAAAGGUCAAGGAGAAGAUCAGGAAGCUGUGUGAGACAGUACACAACAAGCACCUCGACUUGGAGAACAUUACGACGGGCCUCCUUGCUAUGGAGACAUUGCUCUCACUAACCUCCAAGAGAGCCGGGGAUUGGUUUAAAGAAGAACUGCGGCUAUUGGGAGGUUUGGAUCAUAUUGUAGACAAAGUUAAAGAGUGUGUUCAGAACCUGAGCCAAGAGGAUGACAAGGAGAACCUCGUAGCAUCUUUAUGGGGGGCUGAGAGGUGUCUGAGAGUGCUUGAAAGUGUGACAGUCCAGAACCCAGAAAACCAGGGUUACUUGAUUGCCUACAAAGACUCACAGCUCAUUGUCUCCUCUGCCAGAGCUUUGCGGUACUGCGAGGAUAUGAUCCAGCGGUACAGCAGAGCAUUAAACAACAGCUCUUUGUCAUCGUCUGGUGCAGCACUGCCUCACUGCAGCUUCAGUAACGUGGGCAAGGCGGUGGAGGACUGUAUGAGGGCUAUCAUAGGAGUGCUGCUCAACCUUACCCAUGACAAUGAGUGGGGAAGCACUAAGACAGGUGAGCAGGAGCAGCUAACAGUAACUGCUCUGAAUUGCGUCCUCCGAGUUCCGCGCUACAUCCCCCAGGAGCAGCGCUUUGACGUGCGAGUACUGGGCCUGGGUCUACUAAUUAACCUUGUGGAGUACAGCUCCAGAAACCGCCACUGUCUGGUAGACAUGGAGUACAGUGUUGACGACACCUGUCUGGAAGACAGCCUGAUGCAGCCUGCUGACCCAACCCAAUCUGACACAGCGGCAGCGUCCGCACCGCCAAGCACAGCUGUGACUCAGGGAGACGGGGCUGACAAACCCAAGCCCUCCGGUGCUUUGGCUGCCCUGGUGAAGCUCUUCCUGGAGAGGGAGCGUGCUGCCAUCCUGGCUGAGGCUAAGACUGACGACCUCAUCAGCGAGGCUCCCAAGCCGGCACUGGACCAAAGCGGAGAGUGGCAGGAGACGUCGGGAGAGAUCCAGUGGGUUGCAGCCGAAACCAACGACAGCCAAACUGAGAAUAAAGAGAGUGAGAAGAAAGAGGAGGAGGAUGAAGAGUUGGACCUAAAUAAAGCUCUGCAGCAUGCAGGCAAGCAUAUGGAGGACAGUAUUGUUGCCUCCUACACCGCUCUGCUGCUGGGCUGCCUCUGCCAGGGCAGCCAGAUAAAUGUGACUACUGUGAGAGAGCAUCUACCUAAAGGGGAUUUCUCCAUCAUGACAGAAAUGCUGAAGAAGUUCUUGAGUUUCAUGAACCUCACUUGUGCAAUGGGCACUACAGGACAGAAGUCCAUCUCGCGGGUCAUCGACUACCUGGAGCACUGUUAACAGACAGCCAGACAGCGAACUCACACUCUGCACAUUAAAGGGAUCCCAGGCUAUUCUGGUUCCCCCUACCUGACAGGAGCCGCAAGGGGUCAUUGGAGACUCAGCAGCAUUCCCUUGACUUCACCAGAUCACCCAAUGCUGUGAUCACUGAAUUUUCUCCGAUAAAGGCAUACGCUGAUGUGUGUGUGUGUGUGUGUGUCUGUGUGUAAACACACAAAUAUAAAAGUUUCACUCCCUCUCUGGAGCACAGCCUGAACCAAAGCCCUGCUUAGCUGACAGACAUGCAGAUUCCUUCAGUUCCACUCAACUAACGCCACAUUCAGAGUGAGAUCGAGAUUCAUCCUCAGGUAACGGGGAAUAUGGCAGAGGCUAGUAACUGAGGUAGAGUCUUCUGUCCGCUGUCUGGUCUCGAUUCUUGGUCGCUUAGCUGGAGUGUGAACCUCUGAAUCAAAUUUUAUGGAUCAUUACAUUUUAAUCUCUACUCAUCCACAUCAAAGCCAAGGGUGAAAUCAUUGAUUAGCAUGAAAAACUGUCUUUUUCAUGGAUGUUAAAAUUACAUCUGUAUGUGUAAACUUGUGUGGAAUGCAUACAUCCAUUUACAUGUACAUGUUUGCAAUUGACUUGUAUGUGUAGGGGGAAGAGUAUUUUUAAGCAUUUAUUUUUAUGUUCUCAUUGUGCCCAUUAAUUUUAUAAACAGAGUUAGCAAGUCGUGUAGGCGUUCUCUCACAAGUUCUUAGAUUUUUCCUUUUUCCUUGAGGACAAUUUUUUUCACCCAAACUAUGAAUUACUUUUAAAGAAAUCAUGACUGCGUGACAUGCCGACUUUGAUAGGAUGUCCUUUAUUUAACUGAUAAUGGCAUUUGCAAAUUACAUGCUGUUAUGAUUUUUGAACUUACCCAUUAUCCAUUUGGUCAUAUUUUAAUUUGUUUAGAUUUUUUAAAUUUGAAUUAAUUCAACAGUGUGUAAUUACAGUAUGCAUUUAUACUCACCGAUAUAACAGAUGUGAUGAAUUGCUAAAAAAAAUUGAUGGUUGUGCUUCCUUUUGAAUUUGUAAUGAAGUAAAUUUUUUUAAAUGUAUUUAUUUUAAUGCUUUCUCCUCCUUUUGUAAAUGCAAAGCCUUUACCUAGUGAGAUGUCAUUGUGUCAAGUUUCACAUCAUGUUUCAUUAGAAUAUAUCCCAUGUUACACAGCUCAAUGGCUGGACAUAGUACAUGUAAGUGACAGAUUUUAUGGUUUUGGCUUAAACCCAUACAAAUUUCAUCAAAACCUGCUGCAUUUAAUAAAAUAGGAAAUGUCAUUUUUAUGCUCAUGUUAAUUGACGUGGGGGAUUUCCUGACGGCUUCAUGUUUCUGUAUGUCCAGCCACAUGUAGCUUCAUGUUUUUACUUAUUGUAUCAUGCUGUCUCUGCAUUGGACGACAUGCAUUAAGCUCCCAUUUAUUUAUUCUUUUGUGGUGUCAUUUUACCUGUGAUGAUGCAGAUGAACCUUCAAAACGCCGCCGCCUUCACAUGUACGAUCACUGAUUUGAAUGACAGCCAUACCUGUAUACGCAGAUUAGUUUUAUCUGGUUUGUAGGGCUGCAGUGAACAUGACUGCAACUGUGUUUACUGUUAAUUACUUUGCAAAAUUCUGGUCUGAAUGGAAUUUUAGACUGUAAAUACUCCUGUAAAUAGCAGUUAAUGGGCAUUUAAAAUGCUUAGACUACUUUUUUCCCUGAAGCUGAUAUUUUUAUUUUAUACAAAUAUUUCUGAGUUGUCAUUUGAAAAAACAAAAAUCGCAGGAAGAGAGGGGGGGGGGGAUUGUUUGUACCCGUUUCAAGGACAUUGUCUUUGCUUACAUGUAAAUAGUUGUAUCUCAAAAAGAAAAAAAAAGUUGCUACUUUCAGUACACUCCCUAUGUGUUUUCUUCUUUGAAUUGUUUGAACAACAGGAGUGCUUUUGUUCAUUUCCAGACUUGUGAGUUGAACUUUUUUUUAUGAAUUCAGAGCUACGGGAGGUAAACACUUUACCGAACAGAA